UGUUAAGGCAAUCUUGAUGGAGUAUGAGAAGGCUUAUGGUCAGGCAAUAUAGGGAAGGGCUGGCUGAGAUGUUGGGAGUGGGUAUGGCCGAUUCAGGAGAAAAAUAUCUGGGAUUACCAGCGUUUGUGGGAAAAGAAAAGAAGGAAAUUCUUGGUUAUUUGAGGCAAAGGGUUAUUAAUCGAAUCCAAAAUUGGAAUAAUUAGUUCCUGUAUGAUGUCUAGGGCCGGGAGGGAGGUGCUGCUUAAGACAGUUAUUCUAAGCGAUGUCCACCUAUGUCAUGAAUGUGUUUCUUUUACCAAGAGAACUAUGUCGAGAAUUAGAGGUUAUUAUGAAUGGAUACUGGUGGAAUGGCGGGAAUGGCAGAGGAAUCAGGUGGUGGGAUUGGGGCUGGUUAAGCAGGCCGAAGAAGUUGGGAGGUUUGGGUUUUCGGAAGCUUGGAGAAUUCAACAUCUCUAUGCUCGCUAAACAGGCGUGGAGGCUUUUUUCUGAGCAAGAUACUUUAGUGGGGAGAAUCUUUAAAGCAAGAUACUAUCCCGGUGGUAAUUUUUUGACUGCUAAAUUGGGUUCUAACCUCUCUUUUGUGUGGAGAAGUAUUUUUUAGGCCCAAUGUGUGAUUAAAGAGGGAUACGUGUGGCAAAUUGGCAAUGGCAGAUAAAUUAAUAUAUGGAACGACCCCUGGCUCCAGAUAACCCGUAUGUGUCUUCUGAAGUCAUUGCAGGUUUGGAAAAUGUGACGGUAGAGGGGCUGAUUUCACAGCAGGAGCAGACCUGGGACAUGGAUAUUUUAGAGGAUCUCUUUAAUACAAGGGAUAAGGAUGUGAUUAAAAGCAUCCCUUUUAGUGUGAGAGAGGUAUCGGACAGGAGGAUUUGAAGGUGGGAAGUAAAUGGCAGAUUCUCUGUUCGAAGCUGUUAUCGGAGAUUAUAGGUGAAGCUCAUCCCGACGGGUGGUUAGGGUGGACGGAGUUUUGGAAUGGAAACUUCCACCCAAAAUAAAAUCUUUUUUCUGGCAACUUUGUACAGACAACUUGCCAACCACGAGGAACUUACGUCGGCGGAGGGUAAACUGCGUGGAGAGAUGUGGUUUGUGUGGUGCAAAUGAUGAAUCAUGUCUCCAUCUAUUUGUCAGAUGCCCGGUGGCUGUUGAGGGCUGGGUUUCUGUUGGAUUGGGUUCAAUUGGAGCUGCAGGGAUGAGUUUCUUACACUGGCUGGAGGGGUUUUUUUUUACAAGGAGGAAAGCAGAGUUGGAGACUGUUGUGUGGGGAUGCUGGGGGCUGUGGGCGGAGAGAAAUGCACGGAUUUGGCAGCAGACCAUGCUGAGUGCUCCUCAGGUUAUGCGCAAGUCCAGGUGCUAUGUAGAGGGUUGGCUCCAGGCACAGAAGCUAGGGAAUUCUGGAGACAUCAGGAGGGAAGAAGGAGUUGUGCUUUGGCUGCUUCCGUCGUCGGGCUGGCAGAAACUAAAUAUUGAUGCAGCUCGGAACCAGAACGGGAGCGGAUAUGGGUGGGUGCUUCGUAAUGACCAUGGAGAGUUUGUGGGGGAGGGGCAAAACCCGGAAUUAUUGAGCAUCCCGGAAGCUCUGAGCUGGUGGGAUUUCAUAGAGGUUGAAUCUGAUGCUUCUCAAGUUAUCUCGGAGAUUCAGAAUGUGUAAGUCUGUCUGCAAUUGGUAUUCUAGCUGAGGAUAUUCGUCAUAUUAGUCAAAGGUUUUCUAAUAUUUCCUUUACUUUCGUUAGACGUUCAGCGAACAAGGUUGCUUAUGCAUUGACUAGAGUAGCUAGUUCUUUGUCUGGAGGUCGCAUAUGGUUGGGUGUUCCCCAAAUUGUAUUUGUGAUGUUUGUGCCAAGUAGAUUAUUUUCCUUCAAAAAGAUUAGACACGUUUUAAUUCUUUGCCGCUAAGUUUUCAAAUAUGCUGGACCGGAUAUUAUAACACGGUUUACUCCUUCACUAAAAAAAAUAAAAAAAAAAUUACACUUCAUCCCUUAAGCUUUUCAGGACUGAUCAAACAGUUAUCUAAAUGUAUAUAAUUAAACUUUGAUCUCAUUCUGAUUGAGUGAGGCUUCAUCCCAAGUUAUAGCUCGAAAUUGCACCCGGAACUUCUCCCUUCACGAUUUAGGAUGUUUUCUUUUGAAUUGAAAUUUGCUGAUCUGAUUUGUUCUGGUUAGAACCGGUCUGGUAAACCUUUGGUUUCUGUGUAUUUUUGCUCAGUUGCUCCUUCCCUGUUUGGCCCGGAAGUUUCCUAGUCUGCUAUUCCGGGUUGGGUGUGGGGCACCAGCUGUCCACCGGCAAACUUUUUGGACUUUGAUACUGGCAAUGGAGAAGUGUCUCAUCAAUGGCGACACUUGGAUCAUCAAAAAAUUUAUGGAUUUUCAAUUUUAUUAUUAUCAUUCUUUUAUCACUUCUUUUUCACAUAAAAUUAAGUUUAUACUACGUAUAAAAUCUCCUAAACAAAAUCCACCGAGAUCACAUAUGUAUCAGACAAUAAAAUUAACAAAAUCGAAUUCAAUCCAUUAAUAAUAAAUGAUGCUACCUUAAAAGAUCUAAGAAAAAUCGAAGUUACAUCUAGAUGCUAUAAAUCAAUCUUCAGAGGCGCAUACUACACUACCAUCAUCGCCGUCGAAUUCCUCUCGGAUGGAGAAAAUCAUCGACUUAUGCCUCCGCUGCGCGAUGCCGCCGGUUGCGGCGGAUACGGUGGCCGGGGAAGAGCACGGUGAUGGCGAUUGGGAGGCGGAGGCGGAGGCGGAGGCGGAGGCGGCGAAAGCCAGACACCCCUCGCUCCAGGAACGUCGGAUGGGGUACGACACGUGGGUGUACUUGGAGGAGGAGGAAUGCGAGCAAUGGCCACGCGAUUUGUGCAACGCGCAGCCGCAGUUCUUAUGGUAGGGGCGGCGCUGGAUGCCGGUGUCGUGCCCGGCGAUGCUGGCCUCGAACAUCCCGCGUAGUAGUCCGUCGCCGGCUGCUCCGGCGGCCAUCUCCGCAACCGCACGCGCUCCCCGCCGCGUCUAUAUAUACCUCUUGAGAAUCGAAUUGAAUUUUUCUUCACAAUUAUACGGAGUUUAUUUAAUUUAUGCUUUUUGGAAUGAAAUUUUUUAGGAGAGAUGGAGGAGAAAGAGGGUUAAAUAAGAAAGAGGAGAGAAGAUGGGU